CCCGCAGGGCGCCAACACAGAGAGUCCUCCUUGCAAGGGGAUAGUGUCCGUCAAGUAUAUUUUUUUUUAUUUAAAGUUGUUAUCUCAAUCACGUUUGCGCCAUAUAAUAUAUACUUAUACAUAUCAGUUCCGUACCAAGACUAUACCAUGAGGACGUACUUCGUGAUAGCCGCCAUCCUCCUCGCCGGAGCGCAUGCGCAGGAGAGCUUCAAGUGUCCGGACGACUUCGGUUUCUACCCCCACCACAUCUCCUGUGACAAAUAUUGGAAAUGUGACAAUAACGUCGCUGAACUUAAGACCUGUGGAAACGGUUUGGCAUUUGACGCCUCCGACAGCAAGUUCCUUACUGAGAACUGCGACUACCUUCACAACGUUGAAUGCGGCGAGAGGACGCAGCUCGAGCCCGCCGUUAGCACACCCCAUUGUACACGUCUCUAUGGUAUCUUUGCCGAUGAGAAGAAAUGCGACGUCUUCUGGAAUUGCUGGAACGGCGAAGCCUCUCGUUAUCAGUGUAGUCCUGGACUUGCUUACGACAGAGAAGCUAGAGUCUGCAUGUGGGCUGACCAGGUUCCUGAGUGCAGGAACGACGAGGUCGCUGGAGGCUUCGCUUGCCCGGCUGCUGGAGAAGUGAGCGGCGCAUCCGGUAGCUUUUCCAGGCAUGCACAUCCUGAUGACUGCAGGAAAUAUUAUAUCUGCCUCGAGGGCACCGCCAGGGAAUAUGGUUGCCCCAUUGGUACCGUUUUCAAAAUUGGUGAUGCAGAUGGUAGCGGCGCCUGCGAGGAUCCUGAAGAUGUUCCCGGAUGUGAGGAUUACUAUGGUGACCUGGACUUGAAGAGCAUCAGGAAGAGCGAACUUCUGGCUGGAAUCCAAAGCUCAGGCGAGUCUAGGAACGCGCCUAAGCCCCCGAGCAAGCCCAGACCUGCCGCAUCUGUACCCGCGAGGCCCUCCGCACCUGUUCAGGACUAACUUUUUUCAUUUCCUAUUUUUCUAUCCGGUAUCCCAAGAUCCUGGAAACACCGAACCACGGCCCCCGACGCCCUUAUACAAUGACCAAGCAAUCGCGUUAAGUCGAGACUACAUCUUGCUACGUAAAAAAAAGGAAAACACCUUAAGAAACAUCCGAAGGAUUAAAGUUCGCGGCGCGAUACCAAAAAAUAAGUGAAAAAUCUAAGUUACGUGUCGUAAUGGAAAAAAAAAAAAUAGAAUACAGUCGUAUUCACGGUCUUGUUUCCCACAAUUGAUAAAUACUAGAAAAAUUAGAAAUUAAAAAAAAUUCCCUAGACAAUUUUUCUACUCUUGACUCGGGAAACUUCGUUAUCCCUUAAACUCUCCCAGCUCCUUUUCCUAUAUUGCCCCCUAGCUAUCUUUCUCUCUCUCUCUCUCUCUCUCUCUCUCUCUCUCUCUCUCUCUCUCUUUCUUAAGGACUUCCAAAAAGUAUCUCUAUACCACCCGAACCCCGCUCACUUAUUUUUAAAUAAACCAAAAAAGUAAAAGACACAAAAUAAAAAAAUCUUAAAAAUUCA